AUGAGUAGUGAGGAUGACGAGGAAGACGAGGAUGAUGAGGAAGAUGACAUUGAUGAGUUGAAUUUAGGUGUUGAUGUUGAUGUGCAGCAUACUCCACCCGAUAGUGAUGUUGAAGCUGAUAUGGAAAGAUUUCCGACUUUUAAGGAAACUACAAAACUUGAAGUAGGGAUGACGUUCAAGGAUAAAUUUCAAAUCAAAUAUGCCAUAAAGGAGUAUGCAAUGUUCAACAAGAAGAAUUUUGUGUUCAAGAAAAAUGACAAGAAGAGAAUAGUUGUUAAAUGUAUAGAUGGUUAUCCAUUUUAUAUUAGGUUUAGCGUGAGGACUACCAACCAAUAUUGGCAACUCGUUAGCUUAACUGGUCGACAUAGUUGUCAUAGGACAGCCAAGAAUAGACAAGAUCAAGCUUAUAAAGCGAAGAAAAAAGCAAUAGAAUUGAUUCAAGGUGUUGGCCGUGAACAAUUCAAACAUCAUAUGAGUUAUGCUGAGGAGUUGUUAAAGUCAAAUCCAAACUCUACAGUUAAAAUUAAAUGUGAUGAUUCAGAUGUUGGUCCUGUUUUUGAAAGAAUAUAUGUGUGCUUAGAAGCUUGUAAGGCAGCAUUUGCAACCACUUGUAGGCCUUUAAUUAGAUUGGAUGCUUGUUUUCUGAAAGGUGACUUUGGAGGUCAGUUAAUAGGUGUUAUUGGUAAGGAUGGAAAUAACAAGAUUUAUCCAAUCGCUUAUGUCGAUGUGGAAGCUGAAAUAAAAGACUUUUAG